CUAAUUAAUCGAUCAUAUCCUUCUCCCUCUCAACAGAGAAUAUAUAUAUUCUUAAUUUUAAUAAGCUGAAAAUGAAAGAUAUAACAUGGGUGAUGACACUUAACCUAGCAAUGCAUAUGAUGUUGAUGUUACAGUCUAGUGUGAAUAUUAUCACAUGCAAUGCACGUGCCAUGGGGAGUGCCCAGAAGCUAAGGGUUGUAGCAUCUGAGUAUAAUGUUACAUGCAUUCUGGUUUUUGGUGAUUCAAGUGUUGAUCCUGGUAACAACAACGAUCUUCCAGACACAUGGCAUAAAGGCAACUUCUUGCCUUAUGGCUUUGAUUUUGGUCAUUCCAUCCCAACUGGAAGGUUCACCAAUGGCAGACUCUCCACUGAUUUCAUUGCUGCUGGUUUAGGUUACAAAAACAUAAUAAAAGCAUAUCUGGAUCGAGAUCUGAAGGAAGAAGACUUGUUGCAUGGUGUUAGUUUUGCAUCAGGUGGUUCUGGUUAUGAUGAUUUCACUGCUAACAUCACUAAUGUUAUAUCUCUUGGAAAGCAAUUAGAGUAUUUUAAGGAGUAUAAGGUUCGGAUUGAAAAGGUUGCUGGAAAAGAAGGUGGUCAUAAGAUCGUGGAGGAUGCUUUGUUCAUCUUGAGCAUGGGUACAAAUGACUUUUUACAAAACUAUUACGUUGAUCCGACUCGAUCCCACACCUUUACCAUCGCCCAAUACCAACGAUACUUGAUCAAUUGCAUGGAAACUUACAUUAAGAAAAUGCAUUCAGUAGGAGUAAGGAGAUUGGCAGUUGUUGGGAUGGAACCAUUCGGAUGCAUGCCUCUGAUAAAGACAUUAAAGAACAGUGUUAAAUGCGAUGAAGAUAUGAACCAAGUGGCUCUCUCUUUCAACAUUUUGCUGAAGGCUAAGUUGUCUGCAAUCCAGGCGACAUUAGGGAUCCGAACAGUUUUUGUUGACAUUUAUCAACUCAUUCAAAACACCUUACGAUACCCUUCAAGAUAUGGUUUUACAGAAACUGAAAAGGGUUGUUGUGGAUCUGGAACAACAGAAUUCGGAAUGACCUUAAAAGGGUUGAAUACAUGCCAAGAUCAUUCGAAAUAUAUCUAUUGGGAUGCCGUUCAUUUCACAGAGAACAUGUACUAUAUCAUCGCAGACGAAGCUGUUAAAUCCAUCAUCACAAGUCUUUAAUUACCAGCCGUGCAUCGAUCAAUAGCUAGGCAUGCGACAAAAGUCAGUUUUCUCUUACCACCCGUCUCACUGAGGUCUAAACUCGGUUAUUUUCAAUAUGGUUUAAUCUAGUCCAUUGCAGUAAUGGACAUGUUGUUCGAAUUCAGGUUCUUUUAAUUAAUUCUCUCUAUUUUGUGCUA